AUGGACGAGGCAGUGAUCGCUGAGAGCAUUGCGCACAACGACGUGAAGCAGUUGAGCGAGGUUGUACCUCCGGCGCCUGCGGACGUGUCGUGGGCUGUGGUGGAGGCUGCGGUGGCGGCCGGCGCCGACAAGUGCGUGGCGUAUCUGAUCCAGGGGAGAGAUGACGAAUGCCUUUCGGUGGUGCGGACGCUGCUGCGGGAAGAGACGGCCCGGGGAUCUCUGGCCGGCAUCAUGGCGGUCGAUGGAUACGGCCAGACGGCCAUGGAGAUCUCUGCGGCGGCUGAGGAGGCGGCUCGGGCGGCCAAGGCAGCGAGAAAGCGUAACGGUGCUGCGGACGAGGACGAGCAUGUGCCGCUGUGGAAGCCGAUAUCCGGGCCGAUCACCCGCGGUCUCCUCGUUGCUGCCGAGGAGCAAGCGGCCGGCCUUGGCUAUGAGCGCGAAGUCCUGGCCCGGUCGCGGGUGUGGGCGUUUGCCGUCGGCGCGAUGAAGCUCCUACUGCUGGCGCUUGCGAUUGGACUCUGCAUGCACGGCCUCCGCGCUGCGCGCAAGUAUGUUGGCGACGCUGCUGUGGCCGGAUGCAAGGCCCGUGCAGCCGGCGAUCCGCUCCCAACCGUCCGAUGGGUGUUUAUCCACACCAAGGGCGGCGGUAUCACCAUUGCAAACCUCAUCUUUGGCUUUCUCAAGUCUGUGGCGCUGAACGAGUAUCCCGACGGCUGCCGACUUGUCGAUGACUACGAGUCGUAACCUCCCCUCAAUCCUGGCAACCCGUACGCCCACUCCCAACACCCUCUGCCCCACCACCACGCCCCAUCACCACGCCCAUACUCCGAUCUCCCCUCCCAGAACAGUUUCAAAGCUCCACAGCAC